AUGUCUCAAGACACCACCAUCUCGCUCAAAGUCGAGUUCGGCGGCGGACUCGAGCUUCUCUUCUCAAAUAAACGCUCGCAUCAACUCACUGUGCCUGCAACUGUACCCAAAUCGACUGAGGAUAACGCAACGAAACAAGCCGACAUCACAUUCCUCAUUCGAUAUCUGCGGGAUAACCUUCUCCAGGAGCGCCAGGAGCUCUUUAUGGAGAACGAGACUGUACGGCCAGGAAUUCUUGUGCUUGUGAACGACACAGAUUGGGAGCUCGAAGGCGAGGGCGAGUAUGUGUUGAAGAACGGCGACGAAGUCGUCUUCAUCUCGACUCUGCAUGGUGGAUAG